UCGGGGAGCGGCCUGUGGUGACUGGGUGGAGAGGAGAGCGGCGCGGACUGUCAACAUGGCGGCGUGCUCGGCCACAAGUGCGCGCUGCCGACUCUUCAGUCAUUAGCGAGCGGUGCAGCCCGACGAGCCAACAAUGGAGACCGAGGAGGAGCAGCACAUGACCACGCUGCUCUGCAUGGGCUUCCCGGACCCGGUGGCCAUACGGAAGGCGCUCCGCCUGGCCAAAAACGACAUUAAUGAGGCGGUGGCGCUGCUCACGAACGAGAGCCCCGGGCUCGGAUACGGAUACGAGCCGAUGGAGAGCGGGCCCGUGUCGGGCCCCGGAACGAGCGGGGACGGGGAGAGCAGCGGGCGCGGUGGGAGUGGGACCGGGACCGGCGGCUUCGACCCACCUCCCGCUUACCACGACGUUGUGGAAGGAGAACAGGCAAGAAGUAAUGACGAAAAUGGGAAUUGCUCUGACGGGAACAUGGAGUUCCCCACCACCAACCUGUAUGAGCUGGAGAGCCGCGUGUUCACCGACCACUGGUCCAUCCCCUACAAGCGCGAGGAGUCGCUGGGCAGGUGCCUGGUUGCGUCUGCCUGCCUGGCCCGGCUGGGUCUCGCUGAUGCGGAUGAGAACUGCAAGCGGUUCAUGGACAGGUGCAUGCCAGAAGCCUUCAAAAAGCUGCUGACCUCCAGUGCUGUGCACAAGUGGGGCACGGAGAUCCACGAGGGCAUCUAUAACAUGCUGAUGCUGCUGGUAGACCUGGUGGCAGAGCGGGUGAAGCAGGACCCUGUCCCAGUGGGGUUGAUGGGCGUGUUGACCAUGGCCUUUAACCCAGACAAUGAGUACCACUUCAAGAACCGUUUGAAGGUCUGUCAGAGGAACUGGGUGGAGGUGUUCGGAGAGGACUGCAUGUUCGCCGUCUCCCCUGUCUCCAGUCACCAGAAGGAGCCACACGGAUGGCUAGUAGACCUUGUCAACCGAUUCGGAGAGAUGGGAGGCUUCGCCGCAAUCCAGACCAAGCUGAAUGCUGAAGAAGUUGAAAUUGGGAGUGUGUCGGCACUGGUCCAGCCCCUGGGGGUGUGCGCUGAGUAUCUGAACUCAAGCCUGGUGCAGCCCAUGCUGGAUCCUGUCAUCCACAAGAUGAUCACAUAUGUGCAGAAUCUAGAAGAGAAGGACCUGAAAGACAAGCGUCUGGUCAGCAUCCCGGAGCUCCUGUCAGCUAUCAAGCUGCUGUGCAUGCGCUUCCAACGGGACCUCGUCACGGUGGUGGACGACCUGAGACUAGACAUCCUGCUGCGCAUGCUGAAGACGCCACACUUUAGUGCCAAGAUGAACUCCCUCAAAGAGGUGACAAAGCUGAUCGAGGAAAGCACUGUAUCUAAGACUGUGAAGAAUGCCAUUGACACCGACCGGUUGCUGGACUGGCUGGUGGAGAACUCAGUCCUGUCAAUAGCCCUGGAAGGGAACAUUGACCAGGCGCAGUACUGUGACCGUAUAAAGGGAAUUAUCGAGCUCCUGGGUAGCAAACUGUCUCUGGAUGAACUCUCCAAAAUUUGGAGAAUACAGGCUGGCCAGUCCUCCACUGUGAUAGAGAACAUUCACACCAUCAUCGCAGCCGCUGCCGUCAAGUUCAACUUUGACCAGCUCGGCCACCUCUUUCUCCUUAUUCAGAAGAGCUGGGAGGUAGAGAGCGACCGGGUUCGACAGAAGCUCCUCAGCCUUAUUGGGAGGAUUGGACGAGAGGCUCGCUCUGAAGGCACCACGGGCAAGGUUCUGGAGUUGCUGUGGGACCUGGCACACCUGCCUACCCUGCCCACAGGCCUGGUGCAACAGGCCUUGGAUGAGCAUCUGACCAUCCUCAGCGAUGCCUAUGCUGUCAAGGAAACCGUCAAGAGGAACUACAUCAUUAAGUGCAUUGAGGAUAUCAAGAAGAUACAAAUACAGGAGGAAACAAAAUGUUCCAGUGAGAUACAAGUCACUUUUCUUACUGGUUCCUGGAGCAGGAAGAAACUGAGCUUGGUGUCCAAAUCCUCCCAGCAGAGCAACCCUCAGACUGUGUGGGUGGUACCAGCCCUCAGACAGCUCCAUGAGAUCACGCGCUCUGUCAUCAAGCAGACGUACCAAAAGCAGGACAAGCAGAGCAUCAUCCAGGACCUGAAGAAGAACUUUGAGAUUGUGAAGCUGAUAACUGGGAGCCUGGUGUCCUGCCACAGGCUGGCUGUCUCUGUAGCUGGUCCCGGGGGACUCUCAGGGUCUACCCUUGUGGAUGGUCGAUACUCUUACCAGGAGUACCUGGAGGGCCACCUGAAGUUCCUGGCCUUCUUCCUCCAAGAGGCUAGUCUGUACUUGGUGUGGAACCGAGCAAAGGAGGUCUGGGAGUGCCUCGUAUCAGGCAUGGAUGUCUGUGAGCUAGACAGAGAGAUUUGCUUUGAGUGGUUUACCAAAGGACAGCAUGACCUGGAGAGUGAUGUGCAGCAACAGCUCUUCAAGGAGAAGAUCCUCAAGCUGGAGCCUUAUGAGAUUACCAUGAACGGGUUUAAUCUGUUCAAGACCUUCUUUGAAAAUGUCAACAUGAGUGAUCACCGACUGAAGCGCCAGGGAACUCAGCUGUUCGUGGAGCGCCUGGACCUGGCUGGGAUGGACUUCAUCUGGCGGAUAGCCAUGGAGUCGCCUGACGAGGAGAUUGCUAAUGAGGCCAUCCAGCUCAUCAUCACCUACAGCUACAUCAACCUCAAUCCCAAAAUGAAGAAGGAUUCUGUCUCUCUUCAUAAGAAAUUUAUUGCAGACUGUUACAAAAGAUUAGAGGCUGCCAGUUCCGCCCUGGGGGGCCCCACACUGACUCAUGCUGUUACCAGAGCAACCAAGAUGCUGACGGCUACGGCCAUGCCCACUGUGGCCACCUCUGUACAAUCUCCUUCCAGGUCAUCGAAGCUGGUGAUAAUCGAGAGACUGCUUUUACUCGCUGAACGAUAUGUUAUUACUAUUGAGGAUUUGUAUUCGGUUCCUCGGACAAUUCUACCUCAUGGUGCCUCUUUCCAUGGGCACCCUGUUGCUCUACACAUCACCUAUGAGUCUACCAAAGAUACCUUUACUCUGGAGGCACACAGCAAUGAAACCAUUGGGAGCAUCAGGUGGAAGAUUGCAGAGCACCUGAACUGCCCUGUGGAUAAUGUCCAGAUAUUCGCUAAUGACAGCAUGCUGACAAUGAACCGUGACCAGAAGCUGCUCAAUCAGCUGGGUUUCUCCGAUGAGCAGAGCCUGACGGUGAAGAGCUCCGGCACGGGCACCCCAUCUGGGAGCUCCGCCGACUCCUCUGCCAGCGCCAGCAGCAGUAGCAGCAGCAGUGGCGUGUUCAACUCGGUCUAUGCCAUGGAGCAGGAGAAGUCCCUGCCUGGUGUGGUGAUGGCCUUAGUGUGCAAUGUGUUUGAAAUGCUGUACCAGCUUGCCAACUUGGAGGAGCCUAGAAUAACCUUGCGGGUUCGCAAGCUAUUGCUGUUGAUCCCCACUGACCCAGAGGUUCAAGACGCUUUAGACAACUUUGUGCCUAAAGAGUCAAGUGUCUGGAGCCACCAGAAAACCCUUUUCACACUGGGCUCUGGGUCUCAAGCUUCCAAGUCCCCAUCUCUGUCCUCCAAGCAGCAGCACCAGCAGAGCGCUGCCUCCAUUCUGGAAUCACUGUUCCGUUCAUCUGCACCGGGCAUGUCCACCUUCAGGGUACUUUACAACCUGGAGGUGCUGAGCUCAAAGCUGAUGCCCACUUCUGAUGACGAGAUGGCCAAGACUAGUGUCAAAUCCUUCUGUGAAAACUUCCUCAAAGCGGGUGGCUUAAGCCUGGUGGUCAACGUGAUGCAGAAGGACUCUAUACCAUCGGAGGUGGACUAUGAGACCAGACAGGGAGUUUACUCCAUCUGCCUUCAGCUUGCAAGGUUUCUUCUCGUGGGUCAGACCAUGCCAAGCAUCCUGGAUGAGGAUGUGAGCAAAGAUGGACCAGACACACUGUCUUCCCGUCCCUUUCGCAAUGUGAACCGUCAGAGCAGCAGGCAGCUCUCGCUGUGCGGCACCCCAGAGAAGUCCUCCUACCGGCAAAUGUCCCUGUCGGAGCGCUCUUCCAUCCGUGUGGAGGAGAUCAUUCCUGCCGCACGUGUAGCCAUUCAGACCAUGGAGGUGAGUGACUUCACAUCUACAGUAGCCUGUUUUAUGCGGCUUACAUGGGCAGCUGCAGCAGGCCGACUGGACCUUGUGGGCAGCAGCCAGCCAAUCAGAGAGAGCAACCACUCCCUGUUUCCUGGGGGCAUCCGUAACCGCCUGAGCAGCACAGGCAGCAACUGCAGCUCGGGCAGCGAAGGCGAGGCGACCGCUUUACACCCCGGCAUCUGCGUGAAACAGCUGUGUGUGUCCAUUAAGGACACAAUCAUCGCCCGCGAGGCUCUGUCGCUCCUUGUCACCUGCCUGCAACUGCGCUGCCAGCAGCUUUGUUCUUUUUACACUCUACCAAAUGUGAGUGAUUUUAUCAUCGACAUUUUGCUUGGAUCACCAAGUGGAGAGAUUCGCCGUGUCGCCUGUGACCAGCUGUACACGCUGAGCCAGACAGACACAUCAGCAUACCCGGACCUGCAGAAACCAAACUUGUUCCUUCUCAACGUGGUCCUCACUGCCCAGCUGCCUCUGUGGUCCCCCACCAGUGUCAUGAGAGGCAUCAACCAGAGGCUACUGUCACAGUGUACUGAGUACUUCGACCUGAGAUGCCAGCUCCUGGAUGAUCUCACCUCCACAGAGAUGGAACAGCUCCAGAUCAGCCCGGCUGCCAUGUUGGAGGACGAGAUCAACUGGCUGGACAACUUUGAGCCAACCUGGACGGCAGAACUGGAGACAAGUGAGGCAGACAACAUUCUGCUGGCCGGCCACCUGCACCUCAUCAAGACCCUGCUGUCCCUGUGUGGCACAGAGAAGGAGCAGUUUGGACCAUCUCUGAUUCAGCAGCUGUUGGAUGACUUCUUGUUCAGGGCUUCACGUAUCAUCCUGAACAGCAACAAUCCAGUCAGCUCCUCCACACCCACACAGGACUUCUAUCCCAAGUGCAGCACGGUGAGCAGCCGACUGGCCGCGUACGAGGUGCUGGUGAUGCUGGCAGACAGUUCACUCAGCAACCUGCAGCUCAUCACCCGUGAGCUGCUGUCCAUGCACCACCAGUCUGACCCGUCGCUGAGCAAGGAGUUUGAUUACUUGCCCCCUGUGGACAGCCGCUCCAUCUCAGGGUUUGUGGGCCUGAAGAAUGGAGGGGCCACCUGCUACAUGAAUGCAGUCUUCCAGCAGCUCUAUAUGCAGCCUGGCCUCCCUGAGGCCUUCCUGUCCAUAGAGGAUGACACUGAGAACCCAGAAGAGAGUGUUUUCUAUCAGGUGCAGUCCCUGUUUGGACACCUGAUGGAGAGCAAGCUACAGUACUAUGUGCCAGAGAAUUUCUGGAAGAUCUUUAAAAUGUGGAACAAGGAGCUGUAUGUGCGAGAGCAGCAGGAUGCCUAUGAGUUCUUCACCAGCCUGGUGGACCAGUUGGAUGAACAUCUCAAGAAAAUCAACAGAGAGCAGAUUUUCAAGAACACAUUCCAGGGAAUCUUCUCAGACCAGAAGAUCUGUAAGGAUUGUCCACACAGGUAUGAGCGUGAAGAGACCUUCAUGGCCUUAAACCUGGGAGUGACAUCCUGCCAGAGUCUGGAGAUUUCACUUGAUCAAUUUGUGCGUGGUGAGGUUCUUGAGGGAAGCAACGCUUACUACUGUGAGAAGUGCAAGGAGAAGAGAACAACGGUGAAGCGCACCUGUAUCAAGUCACUCCCCAGCGUACUGGUUAUUCACCUGAUGCGCUUUGGGUUUGACUGGGAAAGCGGGCGCUCUAUCAAGUAUGAUGAGCAGAUCCGGUUCCCAUGGGUUCUCAAUAUGGAACCAUACACAGUGGCAGGGAUGGCACGCCAAGACUCCAGCUCUGACCAUGGCGAGGGUGGGCGGGGCAGUGAGCCGGCCUCAGGAGGAUCACCCAGGAAGAAGGUGACCAUCUCAGAGAACUAUGAGCUGGUGGGUGUGGUGGUUCACAGCGGACAGGCGCACGCUGGACACUACUAUUCCUUCAUCAAAGACCGUCGCAGAACCUCCAGGGGAAGGUGGUACAAGUUUAACGACACUGUGGUGGAAGAGUUUGACAUGAACGAUGAGACGCUGGAGUACGAGUGCUUUGGAGGGGAGUACCGCCCCAAAGUUUAUGACCAGUCAAACCCAUACCCAGAUGUGCGCAGGCGCUACUGGAAUGCCUACAUGCUCUUCUACCAACGCAUCUCAGACCAGAACUCGCCAGUACUGCCCAAGAAGAGCCGUGUGAGCGUGAUGAGGCAGGAGGCUGAGGACCUCUCCCUCUCUGCCCCUUCAUCACCUGAGAUCUCCCCCCAGUCCUCUCCUCGGCCCCCCAGAGCCAACAAUGACCGACUGUCCUUGCUGACACGCCUAGUGAAGAAAGGAGAGAAGAAGGGGCUGUUUGUGGAAAAGAUGCCGGCCAGGAUCUACCAGAUGGUGCGAGAUGAGAACCUCAAGUUCAUGAAGAACAGAGAUGUGUACAACAGUGACUAUUUCAGCUUCACCCUCUCACUGGCUUCAGUCAAUGCUACAAAACUGAAGCACCCCUCCUAUCAGGCUAUGGCUAAGGACAGCCUGCAGCUGGCCAUCCAGUUCCUCUUCCACACAUACCUUCGCACCAAGAAGAAACUCAGGGUGGACACAGACGAGUGGAUUGCCACUGUGGAGAUGCUGCUGUCCAAGAGCAGUGAGGCAUGCCAGUGGAUGGUCCGGUACCUGGUGGCACCGGAGGGUCGUGAGACGAGCAAGAUCUGUUUGCUGGAGUCCAGCGUGCGUGAGGUACGGGUAGUUGUGGCCACCAUCCUGGAGAAGACUCUGGAAAGUGCCUUACACUUCCAGGAUCCAGGCCUAGAUGCACUGCUGGAUGCCCUGCUCUCUUUGCUGGACAAGGAUGUCCCAGAGAACUGCAAGAACUGCUCCCAGUACUUCUCCCUCUUCAGUAACUUCUUGCAGAGGGGUUCUGAACCAUGCCGGUUGCUGCUAAAACAUGCCGCCUACCGCAGAAUGCUCAUCUUUUUGCUGGGCCCCCACCGACAGAACAACCAGAACCGACGGUGGAGUUCAGCUCAGGCCCGCGAGUUCUUACACCUCCAUAACUGCCUAGCCCUGCUCGUACUUCACUCCGACCUUUCCAAGCAUAGGACAGUGGCUCCAGGCCUCUACAAGCUCUGCCCCAGCAGCAUCUCCACCUCCACCCCCCUUCUCCCAUUGCACACUGACAUUGAAGCCUUGCUCUUCAAGCUAGAAGGACAGCCAUACCUGCUGGAGGUGAUGUUUGCUAUGCGUGAGCUGUCCGGCCCGCUCUCUUGCCUGAUUGAGAUGAUCAACUACUGCUGCUUCUGCAAUGAGCCCUUCUCGCUGGGUGUGCUACAGCUCCUCAAGAAUCAGCUCGAGACGGCCCCUCCUCAUGAGCUGAAGAAUAUCUUCCAGAUGCUGUUGGAAAUCCUGAUGGUGGAGGAUCCCCUGCAGUCACAGAGGCUGAAGUAUGCUUUUGAAUCAGAGAAAGGGCUGCUGGCUCUUAUGCAUCAGAGCAACAACGUAGACAGCAGCCGCUGCUAUCAGUGUGUGAAGUUCCUGGUUACUCUGGCCCAGAAAUGUGCCCCUGCUAAGGAUUAUUUCAAAGAUUUGUCCAGUCAUUGGAGUUGGGCUGUGCAAUGGCUGCAGAAGAAGAUGUCAGAACACUACUGGACCCCCCAGAGCAACAUUUCAAAUGAAACUUCAACUGCCAAAACCUUCCAGCGCACAAUUUCAGCACAGGACACACUGGCAUAUGCCACAGCGCUCCUAAAUGAGAAGGAGCAGUCGGGCAGCAGCAAUGGCUCAGAUGGGAGUCCAGCUAAUGAGAAUCCUGAGCGCAGCCUGAGACAGGGCUCCGAGUCUCCUAUGAUGCUGGGGGACUCCAAAAGCGACCUGGAAGAUGUGGACCCUUAAUUCCUUCUGCCAGCACGAGGGGACACACACACACACACACACACACACACACACACACACACACACAGAGGGGAAAGCAUAAAUUCUUCCAGCUAGAUGAUGGGUGCCAUCAACCCACCAAUGAAAACGCUACAAUCAAGUUAAAAGCAGGAGCAGAUCAUGGAAGCGAUUGUGUUUCUGCUACUUCUUCUUACUACCACUGAGGAAUGACAACACCUGAUGGAUGACAUGUCCCUUCUGGAUGUGGUCAGCAGAUGCCAUGUUUGAAUACGGAAGGCAUUGGUGUCAAAAAAAUAUAUAUAUAUCUAAGCUUCGUCACUAAGGGACUGUAUAGUUUUAAUAUUAAAAAAAACAGAAUUCAUGGAUUAAAACCAUCUGUGAACAUAGGGGCAAUGAUAAGUAGUUUUUUUUUUUUAUUCCAUUAAAAGUUGGUAUGUCUGCCAAUGUAAUUAAAUUGAAGAUAUUCCUAAUGUUGUAAAGAUUUGUUCUAUAGUUGUAAUUUCAAAUGUUAAAGAUAAUAUUUUAAAAUAUCCUAUUUUCUUCUGAGUUGAUUUGUGCAGAAACCCGAGUUAUCUAUUCUUUAGGAGGGAACUACCAAUUUUGAAUGUUGGAAAAGAAAUAUAAAUUACUAAUCCAGUUUUUAUGCACUUUAAGGUCAAAUUUAGCUUAUAUCAAAUAUGACAUUUGGCAAGUUUCCUUCUAGAGGUAGAUACUCAAACUUUUUUCCUGUUUUAAAUAUUGUUUGUAAUAUGUAAAAAGGCAGAGGGUUACAAACCUUUUUCAGCAGGAUUGACCCAGUUUCAAUGGGGAAAGUGACUGAGGUGCUAUUCAUAUUCAGGUGUAUUGGAUAUAAACUGUCAAGGCCUGGCUGCUUUAUUUUUAUGAAGAACUUGCUGCAGCUGUGUCAGCCAGUAAGCCAGGGCCUGGUUUUGCUGUGUGUGGAAUAUUUUGCUGAAAUCACAUGCAGACAUCUUACAAGCGCAUAUUGCCUCAGAUUUGGCUGACCGGAAGGCUUGUAACAGGCUGGGGAGGGGAAAAAAAGAAAUUAUGAAGGGGUGUAAAUAUUAGAGGAUUUCAAAUGGCUAAAAGGAGAGAGUCUCUCCUGCACCUCUACCCCUGGGCUCCUGCCAACUCCUGUUGGUGAUUCUACACAACAGUCUGUGGAACCAAGAGUCCACUGUAGAGCACCAUGCUUUUUUU